GGUUAUAGCCCUAAAACCCCUUUUAAACCCUUUACAUUUCUGGGACUGGGGAGUUCCCAUUUUCAUUGCAACAAAAUCUCUGUUAUCAAAGGUUAUUGUCAUUUUGUGCAAAAAGGGGGUGUUUUUCUAAUCUAUAAGAGUUGUUCUGGUGAUUUAUUGAGUUGAAAAAUGCCGGAUAUUGAGAGACUUGUGAAUGAUUUUGUUGCAAAGCUCAGCAAACGUAAGGUUGAAGGGUCACAAGCAACUUCGCGGCUAACAGCAGAGUUGCUUCGUUCUGUAGUUUCGUUGCAAAGAUUGCCACCUACUAACUCAGCUGCAGUGCUCAUUGAGGCUGUGAGCGGUAUAGGUGUUAAAUUGGUUGCUGCCAACCCUGUUGAGCUUGCUGUUGGAAAUAUUGUUAGGCGUGUUCUUCAUAUUAUCCGGGAGGAGGAUCUCUCUCUUUUGACCAGUAAAACGAGCGACUUAGAUUUAUCAGCUGCAAGUGAUGAUGAAGGAACCAUAGACCAGGAUUAUGACCCAACUCAAUCUGCUGCCGCAGCUGCAGCUGCAGCUAAGAGUUUUCUACGGCCUCCUUCAUUGCAUGCACUUCUGGAGAAUAUGUCGGAUAAAGCUGUACCGAGUAACAAUUACACCUCCUCUUCAGGUGGAGAUUCUGAAGAGAAAACCAAAGCUGAUAAACUUGCCAGGACUCGGAAGUUAAAGCAUGAUGUUAUUGAGGCAAUUAACAUAUUAAUUGAAGAUAUUGAUACUUGUCAUGAUCUGAUUGCAGAACAGGCAGUUGAGCAUAUUCACCAAAAUGAAGUAAUACUAACACUAGGUAGUUCGAGAACUGCCUUUGAAUUCCUCUGUGCCGCAAAAGAGAAAAAACGGUCUUUUCGGGUGGUUGUUGCAGAGGGCGCACCGAGGUACCAGGGGCAUGCUCUUGCAAAAGAGCUGGUAUCAAGAGGUCUACAAACUAUAGUUGUAACAGAUUCUGCUGUUUUCGCAAUGAUUUCUAGAGUAAAUAUGGUUAUAGUGGGAGUUCAUGCAGUGAUGGCCAAUGGUGGUGUCAUUGCACCUGUUGGAAUGAACAUGGUUGCACUUGCCGCUCAAAAGCAUGCUGUUCCAUUUGUCGUAGUUGCUGGCAUUCACAAGUUGUGCCCUUCAUAUCCACACAAUCCAGAGGUUUGUCUGAAUGACAUGCGAUCCCCUGCUGAACUUCUCGAAUUCGGGCGAUUUUCAAACUGCAUGGAAUUUGGAAUGGAUAGUGGGGCUCCUCUUCAAGUUGUUAACCCUGGUUUUGAUUAUGUGGCACCUGAGCUUGUCAGCCUUCUCAUCACCGACAUUGGAGGGCAUAACCCGUCAUAUAUGUAUCGUCUCAUAUCGGACUACUACUCAGCUGAUGAUUUUGAUUUGCAAGGGAGGAUACAUAAAUGAAGAAAGUAUCUUGAAGCUCCUUACUGAAUUUAAGCAAUACAUGCUGAUUUCAGGCAUCUUUUGGAGAGCUGUAGUUGACUGAUGAAGAGAAGUGGCAACCAAAAAAUCAAAUGGAAUGUGUUUGUUAUCUACUUUGGUGGAUAGCUUUAAAUGAGCUUUUUAGCAUAAACACUUUCUGAACAUACUGUACUUUGUUCAGACUAAGUUUUGACUUGUUUAAUGUAAUGUAAUGUGUCCAAGGUGGUAAUAUUAGUUUGUUUCGUUCUUGUUAUAGAUGAAUGUUUAGAUGAACUUUACCUCUUGAAUUACAUCAAUCCUUAUAUGCA